AUGGUCACUCUCAGUUUGCUCCCUGCUGUCCACUCCUUCCCCACCAGUCAAGCUGUUUCACCUGUCAGAGUUCCUGAUCAGCCUGCACUUGGUCUAGAGGAGGCCUGUGGGCACUGCUGGGAGUUGGCAGCCCUUGACUAUCCAGUAGACACCCUGAAAGCUAUAGGAUUUGGGGAGGAUGAAGAAAUGACAAUAUUAGAGGGAAGUAUAAGAAUAUUAAAAAGGAAAAAAGAAAAGUCAUACAUCGUGCUUGUGAAUGGUGUGCGAUUUUGGCUGGGUGAUGCAGAUGGAAAUGUGUGCUCUGCUUGCGAGCUGGGAGCUACAAUAUGGGAUAAGGAGAAGUACCAUUGGGAAAACUACCAUUUUGUAUUGGCCUUUCUCUUUGCUAUUGAAGAGAUCAACAAAAGUCCCCAUCUGCUCCCCAACAUUUCCCUUGGUUUUGAUAUAUACAAUGUAUUUCCUGAUCACCAGAGGACCUUAGAGAAUGCUCUACUUUUGCUUUCUGGAGUGAAUCAGACUCUGCCUAACUACAACUGUGAGGUGCAGCAAAAAUAUGUUGCCAUCAUUGCAGGAAACAUGCCAAUACUUUCAGCCCAAAUUGGAACCCUUUUGGAGCUCUACAAAAUUCCACAGAUCACAUAUGGUCCCUCUGAUAAAGCUCAGUUUGCAUCAGUUUAUCAGAUGGCCACCAAUGACAGCUCUCUGGUUCAGGGAAUAAUCCGCUUGUUGAUGCAUUUUGGUUGGACAUGGUUGGCACUCUAUGUAUCUGAUGAUAUGAAAGGAGAGCAGUUCCUUCAGGUUCUAAAUGCAGAGAUGAUAAAAAGGCAUAUCUGUUUAGCCUUCACAGAAGUGCUCCCUCCUUGCUCUCUGGCUCAGGGAAUAAUCCGGUUGUUGAUGCAUUUUGGUUGGACAUGGGUGGCACUCUAUGUAUCUGAUGAUAUGAAAGGAGAGCAGUUCCUUCAGGUUCUAAAUGCAGAGAUGAUAAAAAGGCAUAUCUGUUUAGCCUUCACAGAAGUGCUCCCUCCUUGGUCAGGUGUCAAAACAUUUCAUGAUAUUAGGACCAGAAUCAGAGUUUCAUCUGCAAAUGUGUAUAUAGUACUUGGUGAUGAAAAUAGUGUCUGGAAGCUGGCAAUCUUAGAGGAAUUCUAUUUAAUUUUGGGGAAGGUGUGGAUCCUGAGAAAUUUCAGCUCAUUACAGUGGAGAAGACUUUUGUCUGCCAAAUCUGACCAGCCAUACCUUUUCCAUGGAAGCCUCUUAUUUUCAAAGUGGGAAAGGAGAAUUCCUGGCUUUAAGAAAUUUCUCAAGACAGUCAGCCCUUUCCAAUACCCAGAAGACUUUUACUUACAUGAAUUAUGGACUUCCUUUUUUAACUGCUCAGUUGAUCUAUCACUAUGUGGAAAAAUUAGACACUGUGCACCAAAUUCUUCCUUAGAGUUUAUGCCAUUUGAAUUAAACAUUAUCACCAUUUCUAAGUUCAGCUUUUUAAUCUGUCAUGCUGUAUAUAUGAUGGCCCAAAUCCUUCAUAAGAUGGUCUUGAAGGAAAUAGAAAUGGGACCUCCAGAAGAUGCAGACCAGCCUAUGAUUCAUCCCUGGCAGCUUCAUCUAUUUAUUAAGAAAGGCCAAUUUACAAACAGCACUGGGUAUAACCUGUCCCUUGAAGAUAAAAAUUUGGCACAGUAUGAUAUCCACAACUUUGUGAGAUUUUAUGAUAAAAAUUCGACCAGUUGGUUGCUUGUUAAAGUAGGAGAAUUUAUCUACAGGAGCCCCCAUGAUCAAGGCUUGGUCUUCAAUAAAGUGAUGAUAAAAUGGCCUGCUAGAUUCAAUAAGACUCCUGAAUCUGUGUGUAGCCAGAGCUGUGGUCCUGGAUUCCAGAAAAUUCUCCUUGAAAGAAGACCUGACUGUUGUUUUCUUUGUGUUUCCUGCACAGACAGAGCCAUUUCAAAUCAAACAGAUGCAGAGCAGUGUAUCAAAUGUGCAACUCAGGAGUAUCCAAACAGUGAGCGAACACGCUGUCUCCCCAAGUCUGAAACUUUCCUGGCUUUUACAGAUUCUUUGGGGAUGUCCAUGGCCUGCAUAACUCUGUGUUUUUCUGUGGUCACAGCUAUGGUUUUAGUGGUCUUUGUGAAGCACCGACAUACUCCCAUAGUCAAGGCCAAUAACCAGGUUCUCAGCUUCAUCCUGCUCAUCUCCCUCAUCUUGUGCUUCCUCUGCCCUUUGCUCUUCAUCAGCCAUCCUAACACAACCACCUGCAUCCUCCAGCAAGUCACAUUUGGGUCUGUGUUCACUGUGGCAGUUUCCACUGUUUUGGCCAAAACCAUUACUGUGAUUCUGGCAUUCAAGGCCAUGAAGCCUGGAAGAGCAAUGAGGCAUUUGCUGCUAUCAGGGGCUUCUAAUACUGCCAUUCCCAUCUGCUCUCUUCUCCAAGUGAUUAUCUUUGCAGUCUGGCUGGGAACCUCUCCCCCUUUCAUUGAAAUAGACUCACACUCUGAGCCCAGACACAUCAUCAUCAUGUGCAACAAGGGCUCCAUCACUGCCUUCUACUGUGUCCUGGGAUACCUGGGCUUCUUAGCCAUAGGCACUUUCACUGUGGCUUUCCUGGCCAGGAACCUGCCUGACACAUUCAAUGAAGCCAAGUUCCUCACAUUCAGCAUGUUGGUGUUCUGCAGUGUCUGGAUCACAUUCCUCCCUGUCUAUCACGGCACCAAGGGGAAAUUCAUGGUGGCUGUGGAGGUCUUCUCCAUCUUUGCCUCCAGUGUGGGACUCUUAGGUUGCAUCUUUGUUCCCAAGUGCUGCAUUAUUUUGCUAAGACCUGGUAAGAACUGCUUGGAAAGUUUAAAAAACAGAAACGUUUCCAGAGGAAAUGGAUUCUACAGUUUUAUCUCAUAG